AUGGCGGACGACUACGAUUCCGGUACUACCAUCGCUCCCUCCGAAGAACUUAAACGCAACUCUGAGAUUUCAGCGACUUUGAACAGUGAGUAUCAAAUGGUUGGCGAACCGCCCGAAUCAUCCUCUUCUGAUCGCAUAAAUAAGGUCGUUCAAGAAAUGGCGAUUAAUCCCGUCAGUCUUCCGAAUCAUUUCGGAAGCACCAUUUCGCCGGAGCCCAGUUCUGUGAAGUUUGAAGAAGAACAAGGUGCGACCGAAGUGCCUGAAGUGGAAAAGACAGUGGCGAGGGCCAGUGAUUUUGCAAACGACACCGUUUCCCUGAAACAAGAAGGAAAGGGUUUUGAGGAGGAAUUAGUUAGUGGCAUCUGGGAGAAUCAAGAAAGAAAUGGUUUUGAAGUAGAAAAGGUGGAGAACGACUGCGCUGCCCCUGUUUCCGCGAACAAUGGCGGUUUAGUGAAACAGCAAUUGAAGUGCGGCCGUUCUGACAACGUUGUUCUUGUUGAAGAAGAGUCUGUAUCCAGUAUACCCCGGGGCACCGUGAACACAAUGGAUAGUCAUUUUUCAAAGAAAAACAAAAAACACAUUUCGCCGGAGCCAAGUUCUGUGAAGUUUGAAGAAGAACAAGGUGCGACCGAAGUGCCUGAAGUGGAAAAGACAGUGGCGAGGGCCAAUGAUUUUGCAAACGACACCGUUUCCCUGAAACAAGAAGGAAAGGGUUUUGAGGAGGAAUUAGUUAGUGGCAUCUGGGAGAAUCAAGAAAGAAAUGGUUUUGAAGUAGAAAAGGUGGAGAACGACUGCGCUGCCCCUGUUUCCGCGAACAAUGGCGGUUUAGUGAAACAGCAAUUGAAGUGCGGCUGUUCUGACAACGUUGUUCUUGUUGAAGAAGAUUCUCUUGUCUCUGGAGAAAGAUCAGAAUUUGGUCGCAAAUCGGAUAGCUGUGACGAUACCAUGAAUGGGUCUUCGGUGAGGUGCUCUUUGAAGAUUGCAGUAAUUGAUGAAACGGCAUUGAUUGAAACUUCUGAGGUUGGAGAAGGAUUGAAAAAGGAACGAAAACACGAAAAUGUUGGGAAUAGGGAAAAGAGGGCCGGGAGGAAGGGUAAAAGUAGGAAAAUCGAGAAUUUAAGGGCUGAUGUGCAACAAGAAAGGAACUUUGAUUUUGGCCAUACCGAUAGCGGGAUUGGAAUGUUAGAAGGGUUUGCGGGGAAAACCCAGAAGAAAGUAUAUUCAAGGAAGGAAUUAGAGAGGCUGAGGCAUGUAGGGCUAGAUUGGCAGAGGAAGAAAUGGACUGAAAUAUACUGUGGACUUGGACGUGUUGUGCAGCAGGAGUUUGAUGGCUUGGUGGAUCGUCAGUAUACUAACCAGAAGCAAAAAAUGUUCCCCCGCAUGGAUUGCAAUGGCAGACACUCAAUUUUCGGUGAGGAUAAGGAAAUAGCUUUGGGGAAUCCCUUGGAAUGUACUUUUGGCCUUCCUCCUGUUAAUCAUGAUUGUGGCUGCUCAACUGAGCAGGAGAACAGUGAAGAUGACAGUGAUGAAGACUACAGCAGUAUCCAGAAACCUGCUUUUUUUGUCUCUGGUGAACCUAAUUUUGAUUCUGGUCCUCCUGAAGAUGGUUUAGAAUAUCUAAGGCGUGUAAGGUGGGAAGCUGCGCAGAUUCCCAAGGUGAAAGUUGCCAAGGUUGAUAAAAGUAAAUUAAACAAGGAACAAACCAGUUACAUGCCUCAAAUUCCAGAUAUUCCCAAGUGUCCAGAGCAAUUAGUGCCGCUCAAAGAAUGGGAGCAUGCAUUUCUUACAGAGUUUGGAAACUUGAGGCUGGCCUUGUCACAUUAUGGAGCUUCUGAUGGGCAGUCGCAAUCUUCGGCUGCUUACAAAGGAGAAUCCUCCUCCAAACUUUCUGAAAGUUCCCUUGAAAAUUUUGACUCCAGCGAACCUACUCCAAACCCUGUAUCUCAAACCAAUGGCAACUCAGACUGUUUCAUUGUUGCUGUUGAUAACGAUGGUUCAGAUUCAAUAGAAAGUUCUGGAUCCAAACCAUCUGAAACAGGAGCUUCUGUUGAACAGCCUACCUUGUCGACGCUUGUACGCAUGGAUCCUGUGGUGCGAGUUUCAAUGUUGAGGAAACGCAUAAAUUUGGCAGAAAGUAUGAGUAAUUUAUCCUGGCACGAUUGCUUAUGGAUGUUUGCUCUCUCGGCAGCAGUUGAUUCUCCCCUUGACGCCGACACUUGUGCAUCCUUUCGUUCAUUACUACGAAAGUGUGCAUCCUUGAGAGCUGAAAAGCUGGUAGUAGAUGAGGAGGUUGCCAUGCUUAAUAUUCUUGCAACCAUAUCAGGGAGAUACUUUGGACAGCUGGGAAAUAUGAAUCCUUGA